UGCUCUUUGGCCAUAAUGACGGUGUGAUUGCCACUUUGAGUGACGAUCCGACGGGAUGUGAAAUGUGAUUGUGAUCCCCUCAAUUAAUUUACACUCUACUCCCGGCCAGCAAAGGACUCUUCCCGAAAGGACGCCCGAAAGAUGGAACAACUGGCGGAUUUUGUGACAAAGUCCUUCGAGUACAACAAUAAUGGUGUUCUGGACAUUCACACCAGCACGAAAGUGAGUGAGCCGCGUGCGUGUGACAGUGAAGCCGCAACGAAUGGCUUCAACAGUGGUGAGAGUGCUACUGACGAGGAGACGGUGGACAUCGACGUGAUUGACUCGCAAUCCGACACGGAGGAUGGCAAACUCCUCCGCCAAACACCAACCAAAGUGCUGCAGAAGAGAACAAUAAUGGAUAUCUCCAAUAGUGUCUGUCCAAUUGUGGACGACAAGGACAUUCCCGUGUCGCUGAUCAAGAAGAACAAGAUGAGCAGCUUCCUCACCACCAAGAAUUGGCUCAUCUCCGACACGGAGAACUCCAAAAGUCUCCCACUUUUGCAAGAGCCAAAGAAUCAGGAGACAAAGGAUGCAGAUACCGAUGGAGUACUUAACCUUAAGUGCUCUUUCGACGAUGGCCAGGCAAAUACUCCAGAGAUAAGUGCGAAGGCAUCAGAGGAAGCAACAGUCAAGGAAUCCGGGAAACUUAAGAACUUGCACAAUUUGAAAACAGAUAAACAAGAGACUCCGGCUGGGGAGCGUGACUCAAACAGAUACGGGAGCUCCUCGCCCACUCUGCAGGCGAACGGAGGCUCGUCGAGCGUGGCUUCGGGCUCCGGCAGCAACAAACAGCGUCGCUCGCGGACGAAUUUCACGCUGGAGCAGCUCAACGAGCUGGAGCGCCUGUUCGAGGAGACCCACUAUCCGGACGCCUUCAUGCGGGAGGAAUUGAGUCAGCGUCUGGGACUCAGCGAGGCCAGAGUGCAGGUGUGGUUUCAGAAUCGGCGAGCCAAAUGUCGCAAACACGAAAAUCAAAUGCACAAAGGAAUUCUGUUGGCCAGCCAGAGUCCGCCGGUUUCGACGCCUCUGGAGCCUUGUCGAGUGGCUCCUUACGUGAAUCUUCCUGCUCUUCGCUGCUCCUCUGGCGCAGCCGCCUCGCAGGCCUCCAACACGGUCCACUUCACGACUUCCGCCGCCUUUUCCGCCUUCGAUCCGGCCCUCAUGACGGCCGCUCACCAAUAUGCGGCUGCAAUGACGGGUGCCGUGGUGAUAGGCUCCAGCUCGGGCCUGGCCAGCAGCACGGAACUCUUCAGGCUGUCGUCAUCCUAUCCGCUCAGUAUCGCGGCCAUCGCGGCGGCGCACAGCAAGAACUCCAGCAUAGCAGAUCUGCGACUGAAGGCCAAGAAGCACGCCGAGGCGCUGGGCAUCGAGAAUGCUUAA